UCACAAUGCUGUAGUUUCUUGGCAACGCGAGCGUCCAGUCCGGCCCGUCAACAACAGGACCGUUUUAAGGAUGUUGCCGUGCCGCUCUCUCCCUCUGUCUAUUCUCUUGCUCCUCCUGGUUGUUGCCGAGGCGGGCCUGUGCGUUGCUGUCACGACCCAGCUGCACGGUGGUUUCCGUGGCUGCGCGGUGCGGGAUUUUUCCUUCGUGGCCCAGAAGCCGGGAUGCAGGAACCUUCGCAUCGAGACGGAGGCCUGCUGGGGCCGCUGCCAUACUUGGGAGAAGCCGCUCCCAGAGCCCCCCUACGUCCAGCGGCAUCACCGUGUGUGUUCCUACGGUCGUACUCGCUACCUGACGGUCCGUCUGCCAGGCUGCCAGCCCCACGUCUCUCCGCUCUACCCCUACCCCCUCGCUCUGCAGUGUCACUGCACCGUCUGUUCCACACAGGAGACGGAGUGUGAGACGUUCUGAUAACAACUUCUGUGUGUGUGUGUGUGUGUGUGUGUGUGUGUGUGUGUG